AGCGCGCGCGCGCGCGCCUAGGGAGGCAGGCGUGAAGGGGGCGAGCGUGUGGGGGUACUCGCGGUCCUGAAACGGCGACGGGCGCGAGGCGGUUUCCGCUUUCUUUUCGACAAGAAGAGGAGACGUAGGCGCCAUUGUAACUGCGCCUGCCUCAGGCAGGAAAGAAAGCGAGAAAGAGGGAGGAAAAGCGAGAGAUUCCGACUGAACUCGCCCCUGAGAAAAGCGACCGCGGCGUCUGGUUCGACAUCAACCUAGGCCUCUGUGGGAGGGGCUUACUCCGACUUGGCCGGCCCCACCCCGGCCCCGCGCGCUUUCAGGAUGUCGGCACAGGCCCAAAUGCGCGCGAUGCUGGAUCAGCUUAUGGGCACCUCCCGGGACGGUUCAAUGUAUCUAUGCCUGCCUACUUCAUUCUGCAAGGGAGUGUCAGAAAGGCCCCGCAUUCGCCGAGCCGGGAUACUACCCGUCAGCGAAUCAAAUUCAGUGAUGACAGAGUAUGCAAAAGUCAUCUUCUCAACUGCUGCCCUCAUGAUGUCCUCUCUGGAACAAGGAUGGACCUUGGAGAAUGUUUGAAGGUGCAUGACUUGGCACUAAGAGCAGAUUAUGAAAUUGCAUCAAAAGAACAAGACUUUUUCUUUGAGCUUGAUGCAAUGGAUCAUCUGCAGUCAUUCAUUGCUGACUGUGAUAGAAGAACUGAAGUGGCAAAGAAGAGACUGGCAGAAACCCAAGAGGAGAUCAGUGCUGAAGUUGCAGCCAAAGCUGAACGAGUUCAUGAAUUGAAUGAAGAAAUUGGGAAGCUGCUUGCCAAAGUAGAACAACUUGGAGCUGAUGGAAACGUGGAAGAAUCACAGAAAGUCAUGGACGAAGUGGAGAAAGCCAGGGCAAAAAAGAGAGAAGCAGAGGAAGUAUACAGAAAUUCCAUGCCUGCUUCCAGCUUUCAGCAGCAGAAGCUUCGGGUCUGUGAAGUGUGUUCAGCCUAUCUUGGUCUACAUGAUAAUGACAGGCGGCUUGCUGAUCACUUUGGUGGAAAAUUGCACUUGGGUUUUAUUGAAAUAAGAGAAAAGCUUGAAGAACUUAGGAGAAUUGUGGCUGAUAAGCAGGAGAAACGAAAUCAGGAACGUCUAAAGCGGAGAGAAGAAAGGGAGAGGGAAGAAAGGGAGAAGCUAAGGAGAUCUCGAUCUCAUAGCAAGAACCCCAAAAGAUCUAGAUCCCGUGAUCGCCGUAGGCAUAGAUCUCGUUCCUCCUCACGUGAACGAAAGAAAAGAACUCGGUCACGGUCCCGUGAGAAACGUCACCGUCACAGAUCUCGCUCUACCAGUCGCAGCAGGAGCCACAGCCACCAAAGGAGCAGGCAUAGCUCUAGGGACAAGAGCAGAGAACGCAGUUCUAAGAAAAGAUCCUCAAAAGAAAGAUCUUCCAGAGAUCAUGAACGUUCAAGAGACCGCAACAGAACAUCACGCGACAAAGAAAGGAGCCCCAGAGAAAAGUCACCUAGAGAUCGAGACUGCAAAGACAGGAAGCGUUCCUAUGAAAGUGCUAAUGGCCGGUCAGAAGACAGGAGAAGUUCAGAGGAGCGUGAAGCAGGGGAAAUAUAACUGGCUGUACAUUCACUUGAUUCUUUAGCUUCCUAUGGAGUUGCAUACUGUGGUUUAGUUUACAGUUAUUCAAAGGGACACCAAUGAGCAGUUUCACACACUGAUACAACUAGGAUAGAUGUACAGUAUAUAAAAAUGGUUAUAAUGAAGCCUGAAUUGACCCUUUCCAAUUGAUGGCAACUAAAGCAGUGUCCUUUUCCCCUCCCUUCCAAUAAACUUGUAAAACAUAUUUUCAAAGACAACAAUUCCAAAAAGACAACAAUUUUAUGUACAAAGAUGUAGAUCUCAGUGUUUUAUUCUCCCUUUUUCAAUACAAGUUAUAGUGAACAAACUAUAUUGUGCUCUUUGCAUUGGAUGCUUUCAAACCUUUAUAAGCUCCUCUAAUUUUGCUCCUCUUCAAACAGCAGCACUGAGUAGGUUUUAAAGGGGGUGGGGGUGGGGGUACCAAGCUUUUCUUAUCACUGUAAGAUUGUGUUCUCAGUUGCUUUUCAAAAGCCUAAGAUGUCUGACAGUAUGUUUAGAUUGGGAAUGUGUGCUGGAGAAAAUGGAAAAAUGUUUUUUUUACAGUGCCUCUUCAGACUUGGAAAUUGAACAGCUGUUGCAUUUUUUUUAAUUUCUACUGCAACUUUGAAAUCAAAGCCAGUCCCAUAUCUCUGUACCAUUUGAUUGGUGUUCAAUAUACUUGUUUUUUUUCCAUAAGACUUUUUCUGCUUUAUCUUGUGGGGUGUUAACUGCACAUCCUUAAUUGUAAAAAAACAAAAAAUAAAACCCACAACCAGUAAUAAAAAAUUAACAGUUUUGUCAAUGAAAUA